GAGAAAGGAGGAGAGGAGUUUCUUCUCCCCGCGCCGCUUCCUUCACGGAAUUCCCUCCAUCUCUCGGCUCAGAGGACAAACAGAGAGAGGGAGAGGAAGAGAGAGAGAGAGCGUGUGGCGUUGGCGCUUAGGCAAAUAUCUAGAAGGAACUUCAGCGGAUAAACUUUCUAGAGAGUCUGUUUGUAUGAAGGAAGCGAAAGAAGGAUAUAUGCAGAGAUGUUCUCUAAAGGAUCAGUGUCGGCCCGUGACUCCUUUGUGUUUAUCUCCUCAGAGGCUGCCUCAGUAAACCAUGCUGCUGCUCCCGACACCACAAGCCCGGAGAUAAUGCAAUGCUUAACGGUGACCAUCCUUCGAGGAAAGGACGGCUAUGGCUUCACCAUCUGCUCUGACUCACCUGUACGAGUACAAGCUGUGGAUCCAGGUGGUCCUGCGGAUCUGGCUGGCCUGCAGCAGUUGGACACUCUGCUGCAGUUAAAUGGUCAGCCUGUGGAACAGUGGAAGUGUGUAGAUCUGGCCCAUGCCAUCAGAAACAGUGUCAGUGAGAUUACAGUGGUGGUCUGGCGUACUGGACCGUCGGUCAAGUCCAGCUUUGAAGGUCUGAUCCAUCACCCUUCUUACAAACCCUCCAACUACGACACACCAAUCUCUCCACCCAAAAAUAGACGAGGAGAAAAGACUCCCCCAGUGCCCCCCCUACCCGCGCACCACCGGGCCAGCCGCAGGGUGUUGGUGAACGGGUCAGAGGGCGUCAGACCUGCAGGCAUGGGGGUGCCGUGGGGCGACAGAAGAGAGGAGGGAGAGACCAGGACACACACACAAACUCUGAGAGGGACCCGCGUCAAAGCGUCCAACGGGGACAAUUACAUCAUCCUGUCACCAAUCAACCCUGGCAGCCAGAUUCUGAGACCAGUAUAUGGAGACAACCAUGCCACUCUGGCAGGGAGGAUGUACCCGAGGCAGGCCAGCGUGCCCCAGCCCCAGUCGUCCAGCGCACAGGCUGCCCCCAGCCUGGCCAGCAGAACCAGCUUCUUGCGUCGCUCCGCCAACAGCAAGGCCAAAGCUUCUUCAGCUGGGACCUUCCAGCAGAGCUCCAACUUCGCCAACUACCAGAACUGCACCAUUGUGAGGUCCCACGUCCCAACACACGCCAACUACGGGGCCUACGUCAAAGUGGCCCCCAAAAUACUCAUCUUCCCUAUCUUUGUGCAGCCUCUGGACUUGUGUAACCCGACCAGAACACUGGUGAUAUCAGAGGAGAUGAUUCUGCAUGAAAGCAAGCAUCUCUCCUUCAAGGUCACUAUCUUCAUCUAUACAGAUCUGAUGUUGGUGACGAGGGAGGAUGAGCCAGGCCGCUGCAACGUGUUGCAGAAUCCUCUCUUCCUCAAACAGCUCCGGCUGCAGGACGAUCAUAGUGAGGAGCUGCGCUUCUACCUUAUCCACAUGACUGAGAAGUGUGACUGUUUGCUGAGUCUGGAGGCGUACUCUGUGGAGCAGAAGAGGAGAGUGUGUCAGUGUUUGAGCGACAACAUUGAGAAGCAGCUCCAGCUGCAGCGCAGAGAGAACUUCGGCCCACCAGAGCAGAUGUUGGAGCCAAAACUGGACGAACGUUGUGAUCCGGGGACUCGCCGGCGCCCCUCAGAGGAUGAGCGCUCUCUGGGCAGCCCGUCGGACGCCCCGGCCACCACGGCCAGCAGCCCGCAGCCCAGCGAGCUCCUGACUCCGCUGGACGAGACGCGACACCUGGUGCCUCCAACACCUCCACCAUCCACCGAGGGAGAGGACGGCAAGAGCAAUGAGGGCAGCCUGAGCGAACUCUGGAAAAGUGUGGAAAAGGAGGACAGAGGUGAAGAGGAGGAUGAAGAAGAGAUGAGGAAGACUCUGAUGGAGGAGGAAGAAGAGGACGGAGGAGAGGAAGGAGAGGAAAUCUGCAAGUUGGGAGAAAAACCGCAGCUGCAAGUGGAUGAAGACAAUGCCUCAGAAGCUCCAGACACCAAUGCGCCUCCAUCUUCCUCCUCUUCAUCCUUCGUCAUCCCUGAACUGCGUCUAGAUCGCUCCUUCAGCGCCGACGCCCUCUCCUCACCCGCCACGGACGAAGAGUACGAUGAGGAUGACGAAGAGGACGAGGAAGAGGAAGAGGAAGAGGAAGAAGACAGCGACGAUAACUUCCUGGAGCGCAGAGACAGUAAGCGGAGAAGCAUGGUGGAGGGAGUUUCCUGCGAAAAGCACGGAGGGGGUGGAGGACUUAGCGUCCAGAACUCUCUCCGCCGGCGCACUCACAGCGAGGGCAGCCUGCUGCAAGAUCCCCGCGGCACCUGCUUCACCUCCGACAACGCUAUCAACUGCCUGGAGGCUGCCGCUGCCCACAAAGGAGGCUGGACACUGCCCUCACCCAAAACCCUGAAGAAGGAGCUGACCAAGAAUGGAGGGUCCAUGCACCAGCUCUGCAUGCUGUUCUCAGGCAGAAAGCUCAGCGCUGGUUCCGAAUGCAGCUGUGACGUAGGCCCUGACGGCACCAAGAAGAAGAAGUCCAAGAACCUGGCCAAAGACAUGAAGAACCGGUUGGCUUUUCUGAGGAGGAGGAAUGAGUCUCCUGGAAGCACUCCGUCCGGCAAGCUGGACAAAACCAUGAAGUCGGUCAAGCCCACUCCGGAGGAAGCACUCAAGUGGGGAGAAUCUCUGGACAAGCUGCUCGUCCACAAAUAUGGCCUGGCAGCGUUCAGAGCUUUCCUGCGCACCGAGUUCAGCGAGGAGAAUCUGGAAUUCUGGUUGGCAUGCGAGGAUUACAAGAAGAUUAAGUCGCAGUCCAAGAUGGCGUCGAAAGCCAAGAAAAUCUUCGCCGAAUACAUCGCCAUUCAGUCCUGUAAAGAGGUGAACCUGGACUCAUACACCAGAGAGCACACCAAGGAGAACUUGCAGAACAUCACGCGCUCCUGCUUCGAUCUGGCCCAGCGGAGGAUAUACGGCCUGAUGGAGAAAGACUCGUACCCCCGCUUCCUUCGCUCCGAACUCUACAUGGACUUGGUCAACCAAAAGAAAGCGAGCACCACGUCGACGGCGUCCUCGUCGUAAAGAGGAUGCAUGCUUGUACCCGGAGAGAGAGACACUAUAGAAACUUAGCAUCGCGGAAGGUUUCUUUCACUUAGAGUUUCGUUCUCAUUCGCCAUCCUGUCCUACGAUGAGCCAAGGCAAGACAGACUGAGGCGGAGGAAAGACGAUGUUCACAAGGUACAGGAUGGAAAGAUCUAAGAGAAAAAGAGAGGAGGAGACGGAAAGGAAGACGGUGCGGCCUGAUCCAGGGCCUGCUCUUAAGUGAGCCGGACAAGUGGGGUGUCCCCAUGGCGAGUGCUAUCGAUGUAUAUUUUUUUGUUGUUGUUAUUAUUUUUUUUCCCCCCAUUCUUAUUUAUGGUUUUCCCUUAAACGUACUGGAGAAAGGAGAGGAGGGGGAAACGUCUUCUUGCUUCGACACAAAGACAGUCGGGUACUGUUUUGUCGCCUCUUCUUGUUUUGUCUGCCCAUGUUUUCCUUUUUUUCCCCUCCUCCUUCUCCUCUGGUGCCAUUGGUACGACCCAUUCUUGCUCUCCCUUCAUUCUCACAAUGACGCUCCUGGACAUUUCCAAGCUCAGUGAAAAGAUGUAGCUUGUUACCCCAUCUUUGAUCUUUAUGGUCAUGCACUUCCAUACUCAAGCACAGUUUUCUAAGGCUUUAGCCUUCACCCCCCCCCAACCUUUCUGCCCAAGUGAUGCGGUCCCGGUCCCAGUAAAAGACAAUUUGAGGCAAAAAAAAGCUCUGGAAAGGCACGGACCAAAAAAGUUGAACAACGGGAGGACGCCGCUACUGAAGCCCUUGGAAAUUGACCAUCCAAAGACUGUACAAAUGAAAAAAAGUUCAAAAUGUUUUACUGUGUUUCUGUAUAGCCAAUAAGCAUUUCAGUGUAGCUCCACGUGGGGACCGGACGAGAGCAUUCUCAGGACUGUAUGGCACUCGACUAAUGAAGCUUUCAGGCUCGUUCCAACCUUUCUGUACCUUUUUUCUUUUACACAUUAAAAUGUCAUUUUCAAACCUGCACUCCAUAGACAGAACAGGAACAAGGCCAGUGUGGCCUCUCCCUGUUUAUUUGUUGAUAAGAAAGACAAUGCUUUACCUGUACAAAGGUUUGCCUAUUUAUUUAGAUCCUUGCUGGAUGUGUCGGUCAAAUUGCACUCAGCUGAACCCCCCCCUCAACACCCCCUCCCCAACCCUCUUACCCAUGAUCCAAGUGCAAUAUGUUUUAUUAUUUUUGUUUGUUUGCUUAUCUUUUGGAUAAGUUUGACUUUAUACGAGAGAGACAAUGGAUGGAGCUCUGUAUUAAUUUUUAUUUGCAAAAAAAAACAAAAAAAAAACAACCUGCUUGAAGACUGAGCUGCGGUUUAAGAGUUAAGUAGUUGACAUAAGCGAGUUAUUAUUCUAACUGUGUACCCCCGGCAGCAGGCAGCCGGGGUUUAUGGAUGUAAAUAUAAUUCUUAAGAAAAAAGUAAAACGACGAAAAAAGACAAAAACGCAAGGUUUCGUGGGAAAUCCCACGAGGCUGAGUUGUAUCUAUGUAAAUACUGAGAGCAUCAAAAGCUAUAAAAAUGACAUGUAUUGUUAUCAAAUGGGGGGAAGAAGUGGGUACAGUCCACCUCUUCCUUGGUCAUACACUGCUUGUAAGGAGUUUUAUGAAAUGUAUUUUAUCAUUUUCACUGUUUACAAUUCAACGCAUCUCCUAAGAUAGCAAGCGAAAAAAGAAAAUAGAAAAUUACAUUUGGUGUCAUUGAGAAAAAAACAAAAAAAAAAACAUAAAAUAAAUAAAACAUACAACUGGUAAAAAUGA